AUGGAUAUGCAAGAGCAGAUAAGCGAUAAGGGUGCUGAUGAUUAUGAUGGCACUUUAGUAGAGUUAAAGGAAAAUGAAUUACUUAAAGAAGACGAGAAAAAAAAAACAAAAAAGAAACUGUAUGAAUUAAACGAAUUACAUCAUUUAGUUAAUGCACUACCUUAUAUUGAUUCAUAUGACAAUGAGUUGGAGCAAAAUGCAAAAAGGCUAGUAGAAGAAGAAAUGAAUUUAAUGCAUAAAAAUAACGAGAUAAAAAAUUAUUUAGAGACUUUCCCUCUUCCUAAAAUAACAUAUUUAAGUAAUGAUAAUUCUAUUAUACAAAAUGAAUUAAAACGAUGUGAAGAAAAUCGAAAAAUGCAAAAACUCAAUUUUGAUCAUUAUAAUAUUGAAAAUGAUGUAUUAAAUAAUAAAAAUAUAGAAGAAUGGGAAAAGACUUUAAAAAAAUAUGAAAUUAUUUUAGAAAAUUCACAUAAUGCUUUAAUAAAUAUGGAAUUAAUGAAUAAAUAUAAAGAAGUUAUGUGGAGUGAACAUAUGAAAGUACUUAAUCAUUUAGAUAUCAAUUUACAAAAUAAUAUUAAAACAUUAAAAGAUGAUAUAGACAAUAUAAAUAAAAAAAGAAAAUUACAUCAACUAAGUUAUGUUAAUGAACUAUCAACAUUACAAAAUGAACAAAAAGAAUACAAGAAAAAAAACAAUAUGGUUCUUAAUGAAAUCAAAAAAUUAAUGACAGAAAAUAUGCUAAUGAAAUAUAAAACAAAUAUGAUAUAA